AUGGUGAUUUUACUGAUUAACAAUCGUGACGGUGGUGGUUUUUCAUCCAUUAUUUAUCCUGGUGAUUAUAUCUAUUUUUCAUUAAUUAAUAUUCUUGGUGGUUAUAUUUAUUGUACAUCUAUUAAUAUUCUUGGCGAUAGUAGUGAAUUUUCACUUAUUAUUAAUCCUGGUCAUAGUAUUUGUUGUGAUCUGUUAAUAUUCUUGGUGGUUCGUCUUGCAGUCGAAAUGACAAAUAUUUAUUGUGCAAGUAAAAAUUUGUUUAUCAAGAUAAACAUACCUAAUGUACCAAAACCUUCGUUCGUAUGGAAUUAUUUCGGUUAUUUGUACAAAAAGCCGAAUGAGUCAGUUGAUAAUGAACAUGUUUAUUGCAAAAUUUGUUUUGACAAGUUGAAAGAUGAUCAACCUGAUAUUAAUUUUUUUUCAAUUAGAAAACUUAUUGGCAUUUAUAGCAAUACAAGUGGUACAGGAAAUAUGAAAAAUCAUUUACUAUCAGUCCACCAAGUAAAAGAACCACAACAAACAAAAAUAACAAAUCAACAUAUUCUUUCCAUGUUUUCUCGUGAUCGUCAUUCAACAAAAUCUUCACAAUUAAAACAACAACUAGGACAUCAAUUAGCAUUAAUGUGUUGUAGAGAUCUUUUACCAUUUUCUAUAGUUGAAAAUGAGGGUUUUCAAGAUUUUCUGAUUUCCAACAAAGUUGUUUCUUCAAAGUCUGAAAUCCCUUCACGUACCACAUUAUCACCUAUAAAUCUCAAUAAAAUUUACGAUGUAUAUUAUCAAAAAAUGAAAGAAAUAUUAAAAUUAUCAAUAAAAUUUCCUACCAUAACUUGUGAUACAUGGUGUGAUAAAUAUAAGCAUCGUUCAUACAUUUGUUUUACAAUACAUUAUCUUGAUUCAAAUUUACAAUACCACCACUAUAGUUUGAAAACACAACCAUUUGAUGAAUCUCAUACAGGUGAAGCUAUAAAAGAUCUUGUUUUAGUUGUUUCUGAUCAAGGUUCAAACAUGCGUAAAGCAUGGAAAUUAUUAAAUGUAAUACAUACAUUUUGCAUUGGUCAUGGUAUUCACAAUUGGUUAAUGAAAGACUCUUUUCCUCAUAUGAUUUUAGUACCAGAUUUAUUAGAUAAAGUUCAAAUGAUAAUUAAUAAGCUUCGUUAUCGUCAACAUGAACUUGAAAAUGAAUUUUUUCGAUCUAAUGAAAUGAUAAACCAGGAUUUAUUUACAACAUUAAAUGAUGUUGGUGAAAUAUUAGAUGCAGAUAUUGCUUCAUCAAAUAUUGAUGUUGAAAAUUUGGAAACAUUGAACGAGGAUAUUAUAAUUAAUAAUUUAGAUGAAUCCUUGUUAUCUGAUGAUUUACAAUUUAAUUCAAAACAAAUGCAACGUGCAAUAAAAUCGAAUAAUUUAAUUUUUCCCUCGACUGUAGGGAGGGUCAUAUGA